AUGAUGACUAAAGAUACUGAGAUGGACAAGAAGAAAGAACAAGAUCAAAGUCUACUAAAGAAGACGGUAGCCUUCAUGGCAGGUCUGUCUCUCUAUCAACUCCCUUACUUAGCCCUAGCUGCUGCAAAGUACACUCUGGCGAGAUUCCAAAUAUCUGCAAGUUAUCUGAGUCUAUACAUCAACAGGAUGAUUGUUGUAUUUAGGAUCCUCUCGCUAAUAGGAGUAACUAUAAUGACCGUCUAUUCCCAGUGCCAAGGAGGUGGGAAAAAGAAGAUAACCGCAGGAUUCUUUAUAGCCUUUAGCUUGUGCUUUGUCCUUUUGCUACUCAUCUACUGUACUGGUGGAGAACAGGGUCAUCUUACUCUCUACUACUGGGGAAUUCUGAUGGCCUCCUUUCUGCUUGGGAUGUGUUUUACCACGAUUAUAGACAUUAUCACAGCCAACAUUCCCCUUUUCCUGCUUUCUCUGCCACUCACUGGUGUGUUUGUCUCCACCUUUCACCUUGCAUUCAUCUUCUUCUGGGAACUAUUCGGACUCUCCAACAUCAACUACUGGCUUGUUGUAUGCCAGCUGAUUAUAGCCAUAUGCAUUACUAGCAUUAAUGCGCUAUUGUAUACCAUUGCGUACUGGUAUGAGGAGGAUAGUAAGCCUGCUAGUAAUAAUAGUGGAGGUGGUGGUAGCACUGGAGAAGCUCAAGGUCAAACUACUCAGAACAAUGAUGGCUUCAUGACAGCACUUAGUAAAGCCUGGUCACCAAUCCUGUUAAAUGCACUGGGUUACGGUAUUCACAAUGCCUUUUAUCCGAGUAUAGCGCCUUAUAAACUGACAGAUGUUGGAACUGGAUACAAUAUUGACCUGGUGGUUCUCUUUACGAGCGCUUUGGCUCCCAUUACAAUUUUAAUUCUCAAGAGCAAGAACAUUGGACCAAACAAACCAUGGAAAGGCAAUGACGCCACAUGGCACGGAGCAUGGCUAUUCUUUUUAGUAGAGAUGACAUGUGCAGCCAUUUUCAUCUGUGGUCUUCAUUACCCAGAGUCAGCUACAUCACGAGCAAUCAGGGGAAGUGGAAGGAGUAUUGGAUUUUUAACUGUACUAUACGAUUUCUGCGCACAAUCAGUAAGGAGUAUCACUACAAACGGAGCUGACAUGCAGGGAGCAGGUGGAAGUAACAGCGCAAUGAACACACUCAAUUCAUUUUUGCACUCGUUUACUCAGGUCAUCUUUGCAUUCCUUGGAGAUGGUUAUGUCAAGACGUACUCAAAGUAUGAGCAUGAUAGAGAUAAAUGGCCCACCAAACACUAUGGCAACUCGAGGGCAUUCCGAUAUUGGAUUUGGACAGCCACAAAAGUUUCAUUUGGCAAUAUAGGAACCGCAUUUACCACGGACGUUAGAGGAGCAAUUCAGACAAAGAAGGAGUUUCUCUUUAUUGUGUAUUCUGAUGACACUGAUAAUAGUAGCAAGCCUCCUAAGACGAAAAAUCCUACAGUAAUGAAGAUAGUUCACGAUAUAUAG